CACCCCUGCUCCACAGCAAGAGUCCACCCCUCCGGACUUUGGCCUUAGCUGUAGGAGUGUGGGAGCCUGGGAAGGCUGGAAGCAAAAUCUCUUAAGCAGACGAAAAAGCUCCACACGUUGUGUGCCUGCCAGCUUUGCCCAGAGUCUAGGCUGCCAUCUGCAGGGCAUCGCAUCUAACCAUGUGGCUGCCUCUGCUUCUGGGUGCCAUGCUGUGGGCAGUGCUGUGGUUGCUCAGAGACCGGCAGAGACUGCCUGCCGGCAAUGCUUUCAUCUUCAUCACUGGCUGUGACUCAGGCUUUGGGCGCCUUCUGGCACUGCAACUUGACCAGAAAGGCUUCCAAGUCCUGGCCAGCUGCCUGACCCCCUCUGGGGCCGAAGACCUACAGCGGAUGGCCUCCUCCCGCCUCCACACAACCCUGCUGGAUGUCACCGAUCCCCAGAAUGUCCAGCAAGUUGCCAAGUGGGUAAAGGCACACGUUGGAGAAACUGGGCUUUUUGGUCUGGUGAAUAACGCUGGCGUGGCUGGUGUCAUCGGGCCUACACCAUGGCUGACACGGGAUGAUUUCCAGCGUGUGCUGAACGUGAACACACUGGGUCCCAUUGGGGUCACCCUUGCCCUGCUGCCUCUGCUACAGCAGGCCCGGGGCCGGGUGGUCAACAUCACCAGUGUCCUAGGUCGCCUAGCAGCCAAUGGCGGGGGCUACUGUGUUUCCAAGUUUGGCCUGGAGGCCUUCUCUGACAGCCUGAGGCGGGACGUGGCUCCAUUUGGAGUACAAGUCUCCAUUGUGGAGCCUGGCUUCUUCCGAACCCCUGUGACCAACCUGGAGAGUCUGGAAAACACGCUGAAGGCUUGCUGGGCCCAGCUACCACCGGCUACACGGGCCCACUACGGGGAAACCUUCCUCACUUCUUAUCUCCAAGUGCAGCGCCGCAUCAUGAACCUGAUCUGUGACCCAGACCUAGCGAAGGUGACCAGCUGCCUGGAGCAUGCCCUGACUGCUCGUCACCCCCGAACCCGCUACAGCCCAGGAUGGGAUGCCAAGCUGCUCUGGCUGCCUGCCUCCUACCUUCCAGCCAGCCUGGUGGACGCUGUGCUCACCUGGGUCCUUCCCCGGCCUGCCCAGUCAAUCUCCUGAUCCCAACUUUGCAGCAAAAGGCUGAUUGUGAAGGGCAAAACAUGUAUUUCUGUCUCCACUCUGGUGCUGCAUGGUUCCUGGCACAAAGUUGGCUCUCAAUAAAUAUGUAUUGUUUUAAA